AUGGCUGCGGAAGUGAGGGAAGAGCCUAAGGCGGUGGUCAAGAACUACAAGGGCUUCGUCGCCGGAGUGUUCUCCGGGAUAGCCAAGCUCACAGUCGGCCACCCCUUCGACACAAUUAAAGUGCGUCUCCAGACAACGGACGCUUCGCGCUUCAGCGGACCCCUCCAAUGCGUCACGCAGACGUUGCGGAAUGAGGGCGUGCCGGGCCUGUACAAGGGCGCGACGCCCCCGCUGGUGGGCUGGAUGUUCAUGGACUCGGUGAUGCUGGGCUCCUUGACCGUGUACCGUCGGCUCGUAGCCGAGCGUCUCUUCCGCGUCGGCACCGUGGAAAACCUGCCGUCAUACGGCCAUGGCCUCGCGGGCGUCAUGGCCGGCAGCACCGUCAGCUUCAUCGCGGCGCCCGUCGAGCACAUCAAAGCGCGCCUGCAGAUCCAGUACGCCGCCAACAAGGCCGAGCGGCUGUACAGCGGACCCGUCGACUGCCUGCGCAAGAUCUACGCGCACCAUGGCCUGAAGGGCGUGUACCACGGGCUGAGCGCGACGCUGCUGUUCAGGGGCUUCUUUUUCUGUUGGUGGGGCAGCUACGACGUGUUUUCAAAGUAUUUCAAGGAGAACACGAAGCUCAGCGCGCCAGCGGUGAAUUUCUGGGCCGGCGGGUUGAGCGCGCAGGUCUUCUGGUUGACGAGUUACCCCUCUGAUGUGAUCAAGCAGCGCAUCAUGACGGAUCCCCUUGGCGGCGGGCUCAACGACGGUGUUCAAAGAUUCCCCAGAUGGAGGGACGCAGCGGCUGCAGUGUACAGGGAAGCGGGAUGGAAGGGUUACUGGCGCGGGUUUCUGCCGUGCUUCUUAAGGGCGUUCCCAGCUAACGCCAUGGCACUGGUGGCAUUCGAGGGCGUCAUGAGGGCAUUGCCUGAGUAG